GCGAGUGUCCAUUGCACCAUAAGCUUUUGAUAAAAGUCAACCCACAAUGGCUUCUGCUCGGACUUCAGAGAACAGUGCUGCUCGUUUCGAGGACGAGGAGGAGGAUAGCCAGCAAGAGAAAAGUGUGAAUACUAACUCACUGUUGUCGAUGCUUGGCAGGUCCAGGCAAAUGCCCAAAGGUGCAAUGCACAGCAAUCGAGGAAGCAACUUUAUCCCCUCCGUGACACGUCUGUCGGGAUCCCAAACCCCUCGACCUCUAGCCGACCAGUCUUCCCCUGCCUCCCCAUCCACCCCCUCCUCCUCUCAGACACAAAGAGAAUCAGCCAUGGCGGCUACAGUCGCUGGACAACUCAGUUCCCGUCCCACCAGCCAGCCCUCUGCUUCCUGCGGCUUUUCAGCUAGCUCUCUUCCUCCUCCUCCUCCUCCUCCUCCUCCUCCUCCUCUUCCUCCUCCUCCUCCUGAUGAAUCUUACAAUGCCCUCACCUCUGUUGCUCCGGAGGACCUCGACGAGGAUUCAGAGGCGUCCGCUUCAUCUGCUUCAGGACCUGAAACCAUACCUGCAGGUUCGCGUAUGGAAGCUGCAUCCCCUAUCUCUGGUAUCCAGGCCCCUCGAGCUGGGGUCUCGAUCAUCAAAGCUGCUCCCCUGCGAAUACGAGGAAGCUCAAGAAGCUCCGACCUUCUGCGUCCUGCGGUCAUCGCAGGUUCUCCUGUGACCGGUAGUGGUGGUACCGCUGGUGAGGAAGUCACUUGGCGGUCACAGAAGAGGAAGGCGUCCUUCAGCAACCAUCAUCGUCAGUCGCUGGGGGGUGGUGAUGCUGGUCAUGCUUAUGAUUCUGAUGAUGACACCAAAAAAACUCGACCUGUCAUGGAGCACAACAACAAGCCUCAGCCACUGCAGGUGUCUGCUGCCACCGGGCACAGCAAUAGCGUCAGCAGCGAGAGUGCGCGGAAGAUGAGGAGUACCAUGGUGAAGAAGAGUGCUGUCACUCUGGCUAUAGACUCGGACAGGGAUCGGGAUCAGAGCCGACCAUCUGGUGGAGAGGGCUUCUCCCGAUCCCGGUCCCAAUCUGCCAGAAAAAGGAGCAGCAGCAGGAAGGGGACUAUGGGUUCCGCUGGGUCUUUUUCUGGUGCUGCCGCCGCUGCUGCCUCCGGAAGGAGGAUGGGUGGUGGUGGUGGUGGUCGGUUGAGCUCGGCCGCCAGUCUGAGCAUGCCGAUCCCUCGCUUCGCCUUCGGAAUGGACAGCAGAGAAACAAGCUCGGUUGUGACCGUGGAGAACAAUGCCAUAGCUUACGUCUGUGGGAGCUUCGUCGCCAUAGCCAACCUCCGCACCUUCGACAUGAGGUUCCUCCAUUCAGUGAGUGACUCUCGGGUGAAGAUUCUGUGUUCCAGCAUGAGCCGUCGGCUUCUGGUCCUGGUGGAGCAGUCUGUCCAUGACAAUGCAUGGUUUGUCGUGAUAUACACAUGGCAUCAUACAUCUCUGUGGAAAUCCCACAGAACCCUUGCCCUCUCCAAGGAGGGCCGGAGGGUCAAGGAUGUUGUCGAUGUUUGUGUUCCUAAGGACGAGGCCUCUGUGGUUAUCGUUUUCGUCAAUGAGCUCGGGUCUUGGGGGCUUGUUAGUUGGCGUUUGACAGGGGCCCGGGUGUCCUCUCCCUUCACUUGGGGGGAUGGCAACCAGAGGGAAGACCCCUCUGUGCAGAUGCUAAGUGCCAGCCCUUGGGAGGCCACUUGCUUGGUCGCAAAUGGACGAAAGAACAUCCGGUUUUUCUCUAUCUCCGGCGAUCCCGUCCCUGUGAAGCAGUCUGUGGUAUCGACUGGUCGAAAGCCGGACUCUUCCUUCACUCGACAUGCAUGGCUGAUGGCAGACCUGGUAGCAGUGGCCACGGACAAAGGGGAGGUGCUCCUUUACGGGGACGAGGUGUUCCUUGGCACCAUAACUCUACCCGAACCCCUGGCGAUCGAGCAGAUAGUGGCAUUACGCCAAGGUUUCUUUGUGGUGGAUGAGGUGGGAAUGUUCACCGUGUUCGAACUGACAGCGGCAGGAGAGAAUAGGGUCCAGAAGCAUGGGGGUGAAUCUUCUUCGGCUUCCUACCCCAUCUCCAGGGGCUCGGCGGGAGCAGGAGGGGGCGCAUUCGGUGGUGGCCUAAUGGGUGCACCCUAUGCCAUCAAGAAGACCUUCAAGCCCACAGUAGACCGGAUAACGUGUGUCUCCCUCUUCUUCCCGGAUACGCAUGUCGUUUGCGGUCUGGAGUCGGCCAACAUUGGAAUUCUAGAGCUUGAAGGGGAAGAGGAAGGGGUGUUUGAGCUGCUGAGGUCUGGUUUUCACACAGGGCCGGUCUUGGGAUUGGACAGCUGCGUGCAGAAGCGAGGUUUCGUCAGCUUCGGAGCCGACCAGUCCAUCCGGCUAUGGAAUUAUGAGAGUAAGAAGUGCAUGCUGCGCAAGACAUUCCAUGAAGUGUGUUUCAGUGUCAGCCUCCAUCCUUCCGGUUUCUACCUUGUUGCAGGUAUGGUAGACAAAGUCAGACUCUUCUACAUCCUCGGUGAUGACCUCCGGUGCAUCCGGGAAAUUCUCAUUCCCGCUAGCAAGCUGGUGUCUUUCAGCAAGGGGGGGCAGCUGUUCGCUGUGUGCAAGCAGAACCUCAUCUCACUCUUUCAAACCUACAGCACCUCGUCAACCUCAGCUGGCAUUCUUCGAGGUCAUACCGCCAACAUCAAGGGUAUCCACUGGGGCCCUAACGAUGCCACAUUGGUGUCCUGUGGCCAGGAUGGGGCGGUCUAUGUGUGGGACGUAAAUAGCUAUUCUCGGGACAAGGACGUGGACCACGUGAAGAAGAUGUCGAGCUACUCUUGCAUCACGUACAACAGAACAGCAACCAUCAUUGUGGUGGCCGGUUUGGAGCUUCCUUCCAAGAUGUGCAAGAUCAAGGCCAUUGUGAAGGGGGUGGUCGAGCACGAAACUUCCGUGCCGGAUUGCACCGUCACCUGCAUGGCAUUAGGGUUCGACGACAAGGUGCUCUUCGUGGGAACCAGCACAGGUACCAUUCGCGCGUAUGCAUGGUUCGGGGACAAGGUCCCAAAGAUGGAUGAGUCUCAAAGGGAGGACAAAUCCCGGCCUUUUGCAGAGGUGAGAUUGCAUGCCUCAGCGGUGACCCAGAUUCAGCUGAUCACAGUUCACAGUGAUAACACGGGCUCACUGCUCGUGAGUGCGGGCGAGGAUGGGGCGGUCUUUGUCUGUGGUUUCCCAGCCUUUGACACGGCUUCCCAACCGCGGCCUUCAGUGGUAUCCAUCGGCUCAGACAUUACAGAAGGGGGCAGCUCAUUGGUUGACCGCACUGCACUUCCCCCUGAGGCAUUCCUCUUGCUAUACUCGGACUAUAGAGAGCUGGUGGACACCGUCCACGACCUACAAGCUCAGAUUGAGAACAUGCAGAUACAGCACGAUUUUGAAUUCCGGAGGAGUGAGAAUGGGUGGCAAGAAGUACUGAGAAGAAUGAAGGACGACGUGGUGAAGGUGCAGGGGGAGACUAGAGAAGACCAGGAAAAGAUGAGGUCGGAGAUGAAGAGCAUAACGGACAAGUAUGAGAAGAAAAUGGGCAUGAUGGACCAGGUGUUCAAAAAGCAGAUGAGUGAGGCGGAAAGGAUGAUAGCUGAUGCUGUCAGCAGGGAGGAGGAACAUAUGAGUCAAGCGGCGAUGCAGAUGAAGGAGGAGAAUGAGAGGAAUCAGGCAGAGCUGGAACAGGCAAAGAACGAGCAUGAAGAAGAGAUGCACGCAUUGAUGAGCGUGUACAGUGUACAGAUAGAGCAGCUGCAAAAGGAGAUUGUGUCGUUGACAGAGAAGUUAAAAAUUUUGGAGAGGUACAAUCACGAGACGUCCAACCAGCAGGAGAAGGACCAGGAGAGGCAGUUGGAUUUGAUGGACCAAAACGCACGACGAGCCAUUGCCUUCGCCACGGGGCUGAACGAGGACCUCAAGGUCAGAUUAGCCCUGAUGGACACGAGCAGGCAGGAGGCACUUCAGCGACAAGAACAGGCUCAUGGAGAGAGACGAGAGAUGGAGGACCUGGCCAAGAAGGCACUGGAGCAGCGUGACCUGCUGAUCUCCAGGAUUUCCCAGUAUGAGGAUGUGCUCACACACUUUGAAAGCACCAUCAAGAAGAAGGAUAAGGCCCUCCAAAGACUGCGAAGCUCUACCGAAGAACUUGAGGUCCAGAAGUACGUGCUCAACGAGAACCUUCGCAUGAUGAGAGAGAAGGAGGCACCACAGCGAGAAAAGGUCCAGAGGCUUGCUCUCGAAGCCGAGGAUACUCAACUACUCAUGCGCAAGUACCUCUCUACCGUCUCCUCCCUCAAACAGGCCAAUAAAGAGAACCUGGACCGGGUGAAGUCUGCCAGUGACGAACUGCAGGCAGCCAACGAGAUUGCUGCAAAACGAAAGGGUGUUAUCGACCAAACGUGCCGACAACUUUCCAUCGCCCUCUCGAUUGAGGACGAAAGGGAGAAGGGAAAAAAGCUGCAAAAGAUGUACGCAGAGGCCUGUCUUGGUCGUCUGAAGCUUGCCGCCGGUUCUGACAUCAAGGAUACCUUUGAAGAAGUCAAGAGGCAACACAUGUACAUACAAAACAAGUUGCAAGCGGACAGCGAAAUGCAACUAGCCAACAAAAAGAUUGAUGAAGUUAGAUGGGACAAAGCUUUGGCUGACAACAUCUUCCUGCUUAUGGAGAACAGGCGACUCCGCAGAGAAGUCAAGCAACUCACGUUUCAGUUGUAUGCAAUUGAUAGCUCCAAGGAGUCCAAGCUAUCCGCUAAGCAACGGAAAGAGAUGGCAUCUUCCAGAAUGUCCCUUGCCAACGAGCAUCUCUCUGCUCUUCUUCCUGCUAACUUGAAGAGAAGUAUGGCCGAUGUGCGAGGGGAUGAGGUACUUGAAAAGGAGGACAGUGAAGGAGGCAGGGACAGAAGCCGAAGCAGAGCGGACGCACCUGCUGAUGCCAGCCGUAAAGACUUUGAUGUCCAGGACACCAGCAGCUCUAUCCCAACACCCAGCGGUAUGAAACCAGAGGUCGGUUCAAAGAUUAAGAAUGAGAGCGACUUUUUAACUCAAGCAGCUCAUGAAGGAAAACCCUCAGCAGUGCUGGAAAAGUUUUCCGCUCCGACUUCUAGGCAGACACAGAUGUCCGCUGACAGCAGCAGGUCAAAGGCCAGAGCCCUGCCUGCAGGAGAGGCAGAGGCAGAGGCAGAUGGAAGUAAUAUGGAACCCCCAAGAGAAGUAAAGUCUGAUGACAAGCGAGGAAGAAACAAGGAUCAGAAGACACGCACAGGCUCACCAGGGCGAGUGGUAUUGUCUUUUGGAAUGUCUGGGCAGGGAGACAAGGAGCAACGUGAUGGUGCUACACCACGGCGUAGUGAGAAGCCCCAUGGUUGGCAGAAGGAGAAGGAUAGAGGAGGAGAGAAAGAGGAUUCAAAGUUGUUUAAAAAGCUGCAACACUUGACCGGCAUGGUGAGGGAGCUGAAGAGGGAGCUCGCCAGCAGAGAUGAACAACUGAGGUGGUUCAGCCAUAAGGGCACGAUGCUCUCUCCAAAAAUGAAUGCUAAGCUCAAAAAGAUGUUUGCAAACUGGGGCGUCAUCAACACUAUAGCCGGUCAAGGGCAUGAGACACAUGGAAGUGCCAGAGAAAGUGCUUUACGGACAGCGAGAAGCCAGUCAGUCUUCAGGGGGGUUGGCAGUCUAUCUGGGAAUGGAUUGAUCUUUGAGAAUGACCUGGGGUUAAAUGCCGUGACGACGGACGUCGACCCGGCUGGUGCAGCCGCUGUCAAGGGCUCUCUGGAAAGCACAGGAGGAGUUGGAGGAGGCGAGCGAGUAAGUACCACUUCCUAUGCUAGCCCUGUAGCAAGGAUGAAACAUAAAUCGGUCAAAGAUGUGUUCGCCCAGGAGUUACAGCAGGCUGAUAAGGGACCUUCGAGGAUGAUCUCAAGGAUAGGCGCAUCCUUGAGCAGAUCUAAUUCCGGCAGAAGCUUGCUGACGGGGUCCAAUUCUGGGAAGUUGAAGUCUGUGGGUAUGAAAGAACUGGAACAAACCAUGGACACUCUGACACCAAGCCAAAGACGAAGGUCUGCCAGUAGAUUGCAACGUACUGACCAUGAUGCACCAGUCAAGGGUACAAAUGCACUUGAGACGGAAGGACCCAUUAGUCGGGCCAGCAGAUGGUUCACCAGCCAUGGUGGCAAAGGGACCCCUAAACAACAGCACGAUACAGGAGCUCCAACUGCACAUCAAGAUUUAUCAUCUGGUGCUCCACCAUUGACGGAGCGGGGCACUAGGCCAACUGCUUCACCCCCGCGAAGCAAGACUGUAAGCCGGGUUGGAAGACCAGCAUCUGCUAAAGGUGAUCAGUUGUCAAAAGAAGCCUCUCCAUUGAGGAGGGCACAAGUAGCUGCUUUGGCUAAGGACCGCCCGCACACUGCUUCUGGAAAGCUCCUCUAGCUCCAUCCAAACGCUACAUGUGAACACAUC